AGAGAGAGAGAGAGGUGUGUGUUCAGAGCGCAGUAUGCCCUUGCCUCCCUCCUCCCUCUCUAUUAUAGAACUGAAAGGAGACUGAAUAGAGGAACAGUAGAGCUGGAAAACAAAGAAAGACUGAAAGAGUACGGCAUAGAAAAGACAGGGAGAGAGAGAAAGGGGGUAAAAGAAAGGGACCGGUGUGAAGAGAGAUAAAGAGAGACAGACAGAGCUCCGUGCAGCAGCACCCCUACCACCACCUCUAUUCCUCAGCUACCUUUACCUCCUCCCUCCCUCCUCCUCCUUUCUUUACUCCAUCUCCCCUGGUUCUCCGCUCCUCUUCUCUGUCUACUACUAAUAUUGCCAGCAGGACCAUGGAUACAGGAAGCCCCAGGAAGAUCCAGUUCACCAUGCCUCUCCUGGACUCACACCUGGACCCAGAGGCUGCAGAACAGAUCAGAAGACGUCGGCCCACUCCUGCUACUCUGGUAGCAUCCAGUGACCAGUCUUCUCCAGAAAUCGACGAAGACCGUCUUCCAAACCAGUUAUACAAGGCAGCCUUGUUGAACUCUCCCAGGCAGAGGAGGAAAGGAGCAAGAGGCACGCCCACCAUGAAAGAGUUACAGUUCAUGGUAGAGCACCACCUGUACAAGCAGCAGCAGGGUGGAGGUGAUGAGUGUUCCUCAGAGAGCUGUCUGUCAGACAGACCCAGCCCAGAUGCUCUGCCCACCGGGGAGGAGGAUCUGGAGCUACCGGAGGACGACGAGGCCUGGGGAACCGAGGAAAAGGUCACUGCAGAGGCCUUCGAGAAGCUGCGCUGCCAGAUGGAGGCAGAGUUUUCGCGGGACAGUCUAUCAGAAGCUGCAGGGGGACGUGAGUGCCCCCUCUCUGAGGAGGAAGGGGGAUGUUCCACCAUUCCCAUGGCAGCAACAUCAUCAUCAUCACAACAACAACAACAACACACACAAGCAGCUGCGUCCACAGCGAGUCCACUGGCAGAGGAGAAAACGAAGAAAUACAGCCAAGACAAGUAGAACCGUUGAACAGCCUCCACACCAACCUGGCAGCCUCCACACCAACCUGGCAGCCUCCACACCAACCUGGCAGCCUCCACUCCAACCUGGCAGCCUCCACACUGACCUGGCAGCCUCCACACCGACCUGGCCUGCGUCCCAAAUGGCACCCUAUUCCCUAGCUAUAAAGUGCACUACUUUUGAUCAGAGUAGUGCACUAUAUAGGGAAUAGGGUACCACUUGGAACGCAAAGUUACGCAAGUAACUUAGACAGACAGACAGACAACAGACAGGCAAUGACUGACCAUCCUUUUGAUAGACAGACCUAGGGUUGAAUUCAAUCUGUAUCGCCGAGGUAUCGCAGAAGAUUAAUUAAUUGGUGUAAAAUACUUUCAAAAACUACUUAAGUAGAUUUUUGGGGUAUCUCUACUUUACUUUACUAUUUAUAUUUUUGACAACUUUUAC